GCGGAAGUGAGUAAUAAUCAGAAACAUUACAAUGUAAAGUAAACACUGUUCGUGAGAAGUAAGUAGCUUUUGUGUUUUUCGUCCAACACAUGAAACCAUGGUUCGAUGUUUCCUGAUACACACCGUCUGUCCGGUCAGUGCUCUCGGUGCCGGAGAGAGUCGGGUGCUUUACUCCCGGGUUUUCGGCCCAGAUGAAGGCAUCUUAGCCGGCCAGCACCAAGAGCUCAGUCCGGAGGAGAGACGACUCCUGCAGAAGGAGAAGGUAGCUGUGGUAGCAAGGCAGGUCCGGAGCGCUGUCUCUCUGUCCCGGGAGGCUUCAGGUCGGCUGCUGGUGGAGACGGUGCCCGGGGAGGAGGCGCUGGCCCUGCAGGAGGCCGACAGUGGAGUGGUGCGUCUGAGAUCUGGAGACCCCUUCUCUGAGGAGAUGAGCGCUCUGUGGCUGGGAGUCCAGAGUUUGGGCUUCACCAUGGUUUGUGAGCCCCACGAGAACCUCCUGCUGGCUGAGGGAACCCUGCGUAACCUGACCCGACACUGCCUGGAGCACCUGCACAUGUUGGGGCAGGGCAGCGAGGUUCUGCUGAGGAGCAACCGUGUCGAUGCUCUGCUCAGCCGCCUACUUCCUCACGGGCAGCUCCUCUUCCUCAACCACCGCUUCGCCCAGAGUCUGGAGAAGGAAGUGGUAGCUUACAUGGCCAAGUGACCCGGAGCAGCCCUGUGUACGGACACAGUGUACGACCAACUCACUCCGGUCUGACUUCUAGUUUGAGCUCAAUCACUGCUAGCUGUAACUGCUAGCUUUCAAACAAACAGACUGACUUUUGUUUACCUUUGGUGACAUUUCUGCGGCAGUAGAAGAAGAACGGGCUACUGGCAGCUGCUGUUUCAGAUUGCAUGAGGUGGUAAACACACAGAGUGGGAAAUAUCUCCCUCAGCCACUUACAGCUCACUGUUUACUGUGUGGGAGGCUUCAGUUCAAAUCCUGUUUGUCAAAUUGAAGAGUGGAAAGGAAAAUGUGGCAGAUUAAAGAGUGCAGCUGAAGAGGCCAGUUAAAACCUACUUGUCAACAUCAAAGACAGCUGUUUAUCUGAUUCACCAUACUUGAAUGACAUAGUUUGACCUUGAAAAAUCAGCUUUGACCUUGUUUUUGAGAAUUCUGGAAGCAUGAAUAAAUCUCAAAGUGCUUUAUCGUGACAUCUAACGCACCUUUUGUUUCUGAAGAGUAGGAGGACACCAGACUGGGAUUUUUAAAAUGUUUUUGUGCAGUACAAAGUAUGAUUCAUCUCAUAGUAACAAAUGGCUGAAAUGGAGCAAAGAAAGAUCAAUGUCAGACCUGUUUAGUGUCAUUUUGAACCAAAAAUGUCAUAAUUCUUGAGACCAUGAAAAAGGAAAUAUUAUAAAACCACAAUGAAAGAUAUGCAGAGAUGUUGGCAUGCAGAAUACAGAACAAAACAGGAAAUGAUGACAGAAACAACAACUACAACAGAAACAUCCAGACACAACACAUAACAAAUGUAUUCCUGUAUCUUGUGAACAUCUGUUCUACCCCCCCAAUCCAAUGAUGCCAGAUUCUCCUGCUCCUCCUCCUGGCCUCAUAAAAGCCUCUUAAACCCCACUUUUUUGUUCUGGCAACCAAAUCUAAAUCCAGAGCGGUGAUUUUAGGGGUAUAAUCUGUCUGGAUGCCAACAUCAAUUGCUUUGAUCUUGUCCUUUUUUCUGUAUUAAAAAAAUAAAACUAAUUUUUAGCAUUA